GCGGAAGUCGACAAUACGCUUAGUGAGUCUUCUCUACUGCGCAUGCGUCAGCUUGACUCUUGGUUACCCUCGGAACAGACUAAGCGAGCUUUGCUUGCACUGGCUUCUCGUGAUCCGAUUUCCACUAUUUCCGGCACUCCUAAUCCAUCAGGGCCUAUGCAGUCAACCUUGCCUGGCCUUUUGGCUACACCAAGCAUUGAUCUUCUUAGUGAUCCUUAUAAAACUCUCUUAGUUCAUUACCUACCUGGCAGGGAGGCCGCUGCUGAUGCAGUUAGGACUGUAUUAACUGCGGAGGAUGUCAGUCAGAAUGUAGAAGGCCUAAAGCAAUUGAUGCUAGGAGGUUGGUUUCGCAGCGCAUUAGAUUUGACUCAUAGGUUGCUGACAUUUUGUGGCCAUGGCGUGGGAAUGACAGGUCAGGCAUCUGCUCGCGUAACACCUUAUUCUGCUCAGGUUUUGUAUUUUUUUCCUCAUUAA